AUGGAUGCGCCGCGCCGUCCAAAUACACCAGGCAAUGUGUUUGCCUCGCUCAAGGCCACUCAGAUCUUGACUCUGAAGCCUGUUCUACCUGCAGAACUCAUUGCGACUAUCCUCGAUUACCUGCCAGUAUCAGACUUGACACGAUGUGCUCGAGUAUCUAAACGUCUGCAAGAGAUGGUCUAUGAUGACACGCGAUGGGUUGCCAGAUUAAGAGGCAUGGGCGUAUGGAACGAGACCGAAGCACGACAACGAUACGAGGAGUCAAAAAAGAAGAGACUCAGCGGACGCCCACACGCUGGAAGUGUGACCCUAUUUGACGCCCACGAUGAGGAAGAGAAAGUUCGGAAAUCGCUAGAACAAGCCGCAACACCCAGACGACCGAGGCAUAGCAGUGUGACUGAUGGCUUCGACGACAUGACCUUGUCACAAAACCCCUCCUUUGACGCAAAGGCUGCCACGACCGCCCUACGGAGAGUUCGUUCCAUACGAGGCCAGGCCAGACAAGAGUACGGCAAGGUUCAUGGUGCUCUGGGUCCCUUCUACUACAAUCUGGUCCACGCUGAGAAUUCGUCUGACCCAGCAAUCUUCCGUCUUGUCCAAGACCCCGAACAACAAGCUCGUAUUCUAGCAGACUUGAGAGUAUUCGCCAGAUCCGACGGUGCCCAGAAAUGGCGCCAACGACACGAAAAGCUCGAAUCUAUGCUUGGUAUCUUCGAGAACGCCAUGAUAGGCGACUUCGAACAGGCAUACCAAGCCCAGGAUAUCGACCGCAUGCGCCGCUACGCACACGUUCUGGUGUCCCUUAAUGGUGGAGCUGCUGGCAUCGACAUCUUCAUAUCUAAUCACCCUUACAUGCGCCGCAAAGAUCAGGUCGGAAGUCCGCUAGACUGCUUACAAGAUGUUGCCCCUGGACAUGUGGAUCUGAACCCUUCACAACGAUUCUUCGAGAAGCUGGCCUCCAUGCUGUCAAUGCAGUCUUCUGUCAUCGAUCAAGUCUUUCCGAGCUCCGUCAGCGUUCUGUUGCCCUUUGCGACUCGUGUUUGCGAAGACAUAGUCUCAGACUACAUUACCAAUUUGUUCAUCGAAGCCCAUGAGAGCAAUGUCGAAACUUACCUCAAGGCUGUUUCGGGUGUAUUCGAGCAAGCCAUGCGCUUUGCAGUUUCGAUACAACCACCAAAAGCUUCUGGUACAGAUUUCCAUGACCAGAUCAAGAAAGCUAUCUCUCACAUCUUUGAGCCCCAUGUGGAUCGAUAUCUCACCGAAGAGCUUGACUAUUUCACUUCCAAGUGCGACGAUGAGGUCGGUGUUUGGGAAAAGGAGUUAUCAGAGCAAGAAGCAAAGACAGAAUCCUUCUUCAUGUCAGGUAUCAGCAGACAAGCCGCGAAGCGCGAUUUUUUAUCUUCAUUCAGGAAGGUAGUCAUGAUGCCUGUUAACGCUCUCCCAACCUUUCCAUCUGCAAACAAAGCGGCCCCUGUAGUUGAACACCCUGCAGUUGAGGCUCCUUCCACAGAAGACUCCUCGAGGCCAGAAACACCCGGUACCCCUACACUAGCCAAACCAGCACCAACGACAGAACUCGCAGCCAAGACUGCCAUCAUGAAUUCGCGACUCGAAGGCAUCAAGUCUUUGUUCAGCAUCGAGGUAGCCUUGAGCUUGAUCCAUCAUGCAAAGGCAUCGAUCGAACGCGCUGCCAUUUUCAUCCGCAUGGGCGACAAACACGCCACUCUUACGAGGGAGCAAUGCGACCAGAUCUUCGUCAGCCUCUUGAACAUCCUCGGUCGCCGCCAUAUCCAGAAUGGCUUUGAUAAAGCAGUAGGCCAUUUAAGCAGCUACAACCCUCGUGCGGUGAAAGAGUUCCGCUCCGGGCAAUUAGAAAAGGAAGGCACAACCGCGGGUGUCGAACCACUAGUCACUUUCCUCGAACUUGUCAAUGUCGGAGACUUGAUCCAGCAGAUGGUCGAUGUGUUUUACAUGCAAGAACUAGUCACACCCGGCCUCACCGAUCGCGACGACUUCCUCAACCCAGCUGUUAAGGAGAAGAAACGCUUCGAACAAAUGCUAGAUGAGCGGGUCGCAGCAGGAAUGGGCAAAGGUAUCGAUGUCCUAAUCGACGAAGUCGAAUACAUGUGUGCCACUCUCCAGCUCACCGCCGACUUCAACACCGAUGCCGUAGACGCCAAAAAUCUCACCGUCCAAGACAAGAGAGCCAGUAUGAUGGGACUGGUUGACAUCGGACCUACAGAAACUGCCAAACGUGUCGUGGAUACAAUUCAACAGCACACAGGCAUGUUGGUCGGUAGCACCGACAAAAACAUGCUGGAUGUGUUCAACCAAGAAGUGGGACUGAGAUUAUUCGGUGUCCUGUGCAAGCAUAUAAAACGUCAACGAAUCAGUGUAGAUGGAGCGAUAAAACUGAUCAGCGACAUCAACCUCUACAGUUCUUUCAUCACCACUCUCCGUCAAAAGUCAUUGCUACCGUACUACUCUGCUCUCCGCGAACUAUCACAAAUCUACCUCGUCGACUGCGGUGGCGGUAAUGGAAUUUCCUCGUCCACACGCGCAGCGAGAUGUAAAGAGUUGGCUACCAUUAUCGCGGAUAAUGAUAGAUAUCAUGGCAUCUUCAGAGCUGAAGAGGUUGUUGAGUUUGCGGAGAGGAGAGCGGAUUGGUAUCAAGUUAGGAGGGAUGUGGAGAGGGCUAUGUAUGGUAUUGGGUGUAGUGUUAUGUAA